AUGUCCCAAUUCAAUUCGCAUUCCCCGCCUCCUCUACGACACCCUGUACCAACUCACCCGGCGUAUAUUCCUGAGCCACCUUCAACGCCAGCGUCACCGCAGGGUUACCAACGUUUCUCUUCUUCUCCUGGGCCCGGUCAACCGCAGCAGCAGCAGUCAUACCCAAGUCAUGUACCCGCCUACACGUCCCCUUUUCAGCAUUCGCAACCACCCAUACCCCCUCAAUACCAGACUGGAAUGAAUAUGCACCAUAUGCAACCUCAAACUCAGCAACAGCAUCCUCUACCACCUCAGCAGAACGCACAUAUGUCAGGGCCUGAUUAUGCAGCUUGGGGAUUUGAUGGGGCAACAGCUCAGCUGGGAAUGCAAUUGGGACAAAGCGCUGUUGCGGCUGGUCAAGAAUAUGUGCAACGAAAUUUCGGGACAAUCAUUCCCUCUUACCACAUCAAACAUUACUUCAAUGUUUCGAACUCGUAUGUCAUCAAAAAGCUUCGUUUGUUGCUGUUUCCCUGGAUGCACAAAACGUAUUUUCGUCGUCCGCGCGCCCAAGGAGAGUGGCUCCCACCCAGAAAUGAUAUCAACAGUCCAGAUUUGUACAUUCCUGUCAUGGCUGUGUUCACCUACAUCCUCUUGACGACACUGAACUCAGGAAUUAACUCGAAGUUUUCGCCUCUGGUUCUCGGAGAAUCCGCGUCGCGUUCGACUGCCGUCCUCCUUUUGGACUUUUGCUUUGUUAGAUUAGGUUGCUACAUCCUCAAUAUCCAAGGAUCAUCGCAAGUGAUGGAUCUGAUUGCUUAUGGUGGCUAUAAAUUUGUUGGUGUGAUUUUUACCCUCGCUGCUGGAUUUCUCGGCGUUAAGGGCCCGCUAUGGACCAUGGUAUUUUUGUACGCGUUUGCAGGCUAUGCGUUCUUCUUGCUGCGUUCAUUGCGAGCUGUCAUUCUCCCCGAUCCCGCCAGUGUUCCCGCCACUCAUGCCACCGCAACAGUCACGCAGGCACAGCGUCGGAGACGGAUCAUUUUCCUCCUCCUAGAGGCCCUUAUGCAGAUCCUAUACAUGGGAUGGCUAGUUCGUAUCUGA